AUGGUAAGUUCAGAGGUUGCAGAAGAUAUUUGUGUAUCAUUGUAUCAUAAUGAGGAAGGUGGUAUAAUGGAUUUGAUAAACUUUAAGGAAGGGGAAGGGGCUCGUGAUAUUGGUGAAUUAUGUCCAUAUGAAGGUGGAGAGGGGGAUGGGGAUGGAGGUAAUAUGGUGAAUCUAAACAUAGUUAAAAUAGACCCUCCUGAAGUGGGAAUGAUUUUUGAUACACAGGAAGAAGUUGAUAUGUACUAUAAUGCUUUUGGCAAGCAUGAAGGGGCUUGGUGUGGUUCUUGUCCAGAGUGCAUACUAAACUCUAAAAGAUGGUCGCAAGGUUUAAAAGAACAUGGUAAGUGGGAGGUAGUAAUAGUGGAGUUGAAGCAUGAACCCAAUAAGGUAUCACCUUCAAAAUCAAUGUUGGUGACAAAUUAUAGGUUGGAGGAGUUGGAAAAGAUGCGAUAUGUGGGGAUGCUUGCUGCUACAAUGCACAAGUGGUUGGCUAGUGAGAGGAAUGGGGUUGAGAAUAUGCCCUUUACUAAGAAGGAUGUGAAUAAUUUGAUAUCAAGGGAGAAUAAGCUGAAAUUGAAGGAUGGGGACAACAAUGCCAUGAUUAAUUAUUUCCAAAUGAUGCAAAAGAACAAUAAGAAUUUAUACCAUAUACAUCGGUUGGAUGCCAAUGGGGUAUUGCAAGAUGUAUUUUGGGUGGAUGCGCGUAGCAGAGCUGCAUAUGAGGAUUUCGGUGAUGUAGUGUGUUUUGAUACGACUUUUUUUAUGAAUAAGUAUGAUUUUCCCUUUGCAAAUAUUGUUGGGGUAAACCACCAUGGCCAAACAAUAUUACUUGGAUGCGCUCUCAUAUCCCAUGAGGACACUGAAACCUUUACGUGGUUGUUCUCCACUUGGCUAGAUGUUGUUGGUGGUAAACCUUCCGCUGCUAUCUUGACGGAUCAAGAUCCCGCUAUGCGCAAAGCUUUGAAAGCAGUGAUGCCACAAACAAGAUAUAGAUGGUGUUUGUGGUACAUCAAAAAGAAAUUUGGGAGCAAGCUAGGCAAGUAUAAAGGGUAUGUUGAGUUCAAGAAUGAGCUAAAAAAUAUUAUUUAUGAUAGUUUAUUUUUAGAGGAGUUUGAAUUGAGGUGGAAGGAGUUUAUAGUGAAGUAUAAACUUGAGAGCAACCUGUGGCUAGCUGGACUCUGUGAUUUUGCGGAGAACUAUGUUGCUGCAAUGGAAUAA